GACACACACACCACACAGACAGACAGACAGACACACACACACACCGGGAGGGGGCGGAGCUUCCGGCGCGGCACUUCCGGCCCGGCCGCUGCGCGGGCGGUGUGGCCGCUGCGCUCCCGCCGCCGUCCCCGGCCCGGCCCCGCUUCCCCUCCCCGGGCACCGCCUCAUGCAGCGCCGCGACGACCCCGCCGGUCGUUUGUCUCGAGGACAGGGCCCCGGCGGCCGCGCGCCGCCGCCGCCGCGCCGACCGCCCCGUGGCGGAGGGGCCCGCGGGGCCGCCAGCGGAGCGCAGCCGCCUCCCGGUGGGGCCGCGGCCGGUGGGGCCUCAGGCUCCGGUGGUUCGGGCGGUAUGGUUGGCGGUAAGAUGGAGCCCGAGAACAAGUACCUGCCCGAGCUGAUGGCCGAGAAGGACAGCCUGGACCCGUCCUUCACGCACGCCAUGCAGCUCCUCACCGCAGAAAUUGAAAAAAUUCAGAAGGGUGAGACAACAAAAAAGGAUGAAGAAGAGAACUACCUGGAUUUAUUUUCCCACAAGAAUAUGAAACUGAAGGAACGAGUUCUGAUCCCUGUCAAGCAGUACCCCAAGUUCAACUUUGUUGGGAAGAUUUUGGGACCCCAAGGCAACACCAUUAAGAGACUUCAGGAAGAAACUGGUGCUAAAAUCUCUGUACUGGGGAAAGGUUCCAUGAGGGACAAAGCCAAGGAGGAGGAGCUGCGCAAGGGCGGGGAUCCCAAGUACGCCCACCUCAACAUGGACCUGCACGUUUUCAUCGAGGUCUUCGGGCCCCCCUGCGAGGCCUACGCCCUCAUGGCCCACGCCAUGGAGGAGGUCAAGAAAUUCCUGGUCCCUGACAUGAUGGAUGAUAUCUGCCAGGAGCAGUUCCUGGAGCUCUCCUAUCUCAACGGGGUCCCGGAGCCCAGCCGCGGCCGAGGCGUCCCCGGGCGGGGCCGGGGGGCAGCCCCACCUCCCCCUCCCCCUGUGCCAAGGGGCCGCGGGGUCGGUCCCCCCCCUCCUCCUCCCCCCCCGCGGGGGGCGCUGGUGCGGGGGGCCGCGGUGCGCGGGGCCAUGGCGCGGGGGGCCGCGCUGGUCACCAGGGAUCAGUGGGAUGGGGGUCCCCUGGGAUGGUGCUGGGAUCACCAAGGACUCCUUGGAAAGGGCUACGACGACACGUACGCAGAGCAGAGCUACGAGGGCUACGAGGGCUACUACAGCCAGGGCCAAGGGGAUACAGAAUAUUAUGAUUAUGGACAUGGGGAGGCACAGGAAACCUAUGAAGCUUAUGGCCAAGAUGACUGGAAUGGAACCCGGCCCUCCCUGAAGGCCCCCCCAGCCCGGCCAGUCAAGGGGGGCUACAGAGAGCACCCCUACGGCCGCUACUAACCCCAAAAAUGGGGCAAAAAUCCCAAUUUAGGAGCAAACACUUGUUACUGGUUCUUGUAUCUCCCGGGAUUCCCGUUGCUUUACCCACAGCAGACAAGUAAUUGUCUCCCUGUUUUUCUUCCUGGCCCUUUUUUUCCUUCCCACUCCAUCCUCACCUUGCAUUUUGGCUUCUGUAUGUAGUGAUUUCUUGAGAUAAAUUUAAAUAGAUUUAGAGGGGGAAAAACUUUUUAAUUUUUAUUAUUUUUAUUUUUUUUUCCCUUCGGUGUGUAGAUGGCUUUUCUUUCUUUGUCGUUUUAGGUAAAAAAAAAAAACAAAACAAACUGUACCUUUUUUUAAGGAAAAAAAAGACAAAAAAAAACCACACAACUAAAAAGCAAGUUUAAAAAAAAUGUUAGUUUCCAAAAGUGACAUGCUUUGCUUAGUUCUGAAAUUAAGGUUUUGUUAAAACUUUUAAAGUUUGUUUUAAAGGAACCCAUAAAGGUUGUAGUUGCAGAAUCCCAAAGUAGGCUACAUUUCAAAAUUCAGGGUUAUUUUUUAAGAAUUAAAAUCUUAAUGUAACAGUAGUGGCUGCCACCAUUUAAAAAAAAAAAAAAACAAAACAAAAACAAAAAAAUAACUUCAGAUGCCAAACCUUUAAAAGGACAUUGCUGGUGAAUCUUGAAGUUUAAAUUUUAACCCAAAGGAUCCUCCAAACAAAUUAAAUAGCAUUUUUUAAAGAGAAUUGACUUAAAAGGAAAAAUUAGGUUGGUAAAAAAAUUGACUUUUCUUAUGUGGAUUUUGAAAUCUAGCCCCCCGUGCAGUGUUGAGAUAUGCUUGGGAAUAUUUUUCCUGUGGAAAGGGGUUUUAGUUGAACUCUAAAUGAACAAAUUUUAGGGGAAAAAAACCAAAAUAUGGCUCUAAUUGCCCAGUGUUUGAUAGAAAGAAUAUUCCAUGGGUAGGCCUGUAAAAUUCUGAUUUUUUGUAGCCCUUUGGGGCAGAAAAUCUGAUGAAAAUUUCAACCUCACCCCCAAAAAAAUCUCAAUUUCAAGCAGUCCCAACCACUUGUUCAAGUGUAUCUCAGCACGAGCUUUGCAUAAAAAGGGACACUGCAGCUGUAAAAAAAAAAAAAACCAAAAUAAAAAAAAACCAGACAAAAAACAAUCCCAAAUUUCACUUUGUACAUAAGAUAAAGUCCUAAUUGGAUUUGUUACACUGUCCUCCCACUCUGUUCUGGAAGAGAAAAAUGCUACAUUUUGUGUAAAGUCUGCCUAACUAGGUAGCUCAAAACGUGUCAAAAUGUCUGUCUCAAUCUGUCAAUAAAGUUUAGUCCUUUUUUAAUCAAA